UAUUUCUAUCUGGACAGGACAGUCAACAGUGAACACCCUCCUUAUUUCUCAAUACAUUACUGGGUUUUACUCUUUUUUAGGGCUUGCAAGUUUGAAACCAUUAAAUAAUAUCCAAGAUUAAUCUAGGGCUUCUAUUCCUCCUUCUUCGUUGAAGCUCUGCUUUACCAAUCUAAUAUUCAUCCUUUAAAUCUACAAGCCAUGGACCCGCAAGACCAAGAUACGGUUCCUGCGGGAGAAACCAACGAUGUUAAUUACACCGACUACGCCCAAGAUAAUAAGUCUCAAUCUCACACUGGAGAUGGAGCUAGUCCUGGAAAGAUUUUCAUUGGAGGUUUGGCCAGAGAGACUACCUCUGCACAAUUUGUCAAGCAUUUUGGCAAAUAUGGUGAAAUUACAGAUUCUGUUAUAAUGAAGGAUAGAAAGACUGGCCAACCUCGGGGGUUUGGAUUUGUGACAUAUGCAGAUCCCUCAGUUGUUGAUCAAGUUAUUGAGGAUACACAUAUUAUUAAUGGGAAACAAGUGGAAAUCAAGCGAACAAUACCGAAGGGAGCAAUGGGAUCUAAGGAUUUCAAGACCAAGAAAAUUUUUGUUGGUGGAAUUCCUACAGCUGUGACUGAAGAUGAGUUUAAGGAGUUCUUUACACAAUAUGGAGAGGUCAUUGAACAUCAAAUCAUGCGGGACCAUGCCACAAAUCGCUCUCGAGGCUUCGGGUUUAUUACAUUUGACUCGGAACAGGCAGUAGAUGACCUUCUGGCCAGGGGGAAUAAGCUUGAUCUGGCUGGAACUCAGGUGGAGAUCAAGAAAGCAGAGCCAAAGAAACCUAACCCUCCGCUGCCACCGUCAAAGCGUUAUAAUGAUUCAAGGCAUGCAUUUGGUGGUGGAUUUGGUGAAUCAUAUGAUGGAUAUGGAGGCAGUGGUUUUGGCAGCGGCGGCGGCAGCGGCGGCCCUUAUAGGUCUGGUGGGGCUUAUGGAGGUAGAGCUAAUAGUUAUGGCGGAUAUAAUGGGGGUGAGUUUGGUGGAUAUGGAGGAUAUGGGAGCGGGAACAUUGGUGCUUAUAGAGGAGACCCCUCCUUUGGGUAUUCAAGUCGUUAUGGAGGAGGCUUUAGCAGGGGUUAUGAUUUAGGUGGUGGUUAUGGUGGCCCUAGUGAGGGUUAUGGCGCAUAUGGUGGUGGUGUUGGUGGUGGCGGUGGUUCUGGCAGUGGUUAUGGAGGUAGCUAUGAUAGUGGGCUUGGGGGUGGGUAUGGAGGUGGUAGUGGUGGUUCUUUCUAUGGGACUAGGGGAGGAUAUGGUGGUGCGGGUGGCAGUAGGUACCAUCCUUAUCGGAGGUAGAAGUUGGGUGUAAGGCUUUUGGAAUUAUAAACUGUAACGGCAAAAUUGUCAGAACUGUAGUUUGAGUUCUAGUUUGUCAAUUCAGUAGCUUGUAAGGUGGUUAACUAGGAUUUUUGUCUAUUUAAGGCUUAAAUUACUAUCUUUCUUUUUCUUUAUCAAGAUUAGGAGAUUUAAGAGUUCCAUUUUUUCUCUUUUGUUGAUUUGAUUAGCAUCCUUAUUGUGAUUGUUAAAGAAGACUUGAAAAUACAGAUUGCCAUUACCCAUUUGUUUGUAUUGUUAA